AGUAUUAAGAAGCACAGGACAGCUCCUUAAGCUUUGUUAGCUUUUACUCCUCUCUCUCUCUCUCUCUCUCUCUCUGUACUUCUCCAUCCUCUCUCCGAGCUUUGGGAGGAGCUUCGUUUCUCUCUCCUGUUGAGAGCUCAUGAAGAGGCUAGUACUGUUGCUGUUGGUUUUAGCAGUAGCUAGUGAGGUUAGAGGGGAUGGGCAAUGCAAGCACAAGAGGGGCUUGGCUCCAAGGCCACACAGUGUUUCGAUAUUGGAGUUUGGGGCGGCUGGGGACGGCGUGACCCUAAACACUCUUGCAUUUCAGAAUGCCAUCUUUUAUCUUAGGUCGUUCGCUGACAAGGGCGGGGCUCAGCUCUUUGUACCAAAGGGGAGGUGGCUCACUGGGAGUUUCAACCUCACAAGCCAUCUCACUCUCUUUCUUGAGAAGGACGCCGUUAUCCUCGGAAGUCAGGACUCUUCUCAGUGGCCUAUCAUCGAUCCCUUACCCUCAUACGGUCGUGGAAUAGAACUUCCUGGUGGAAGGCACAGGAGCUUGAUAAAUGGAUACAACUUGACUGAUGUAGUGAUUACAGGAGAUAAUGGGACCAUCGAUGGGCAAGGUUCUAUUUGGUGGCAGUGGUUCAAUUCACAUAGCUUGAACUAUUCUCGGCCUCAUCUUGUGGAACUCGUGAGCUCGAAUAAUGUUGUGAUUUCAAAUCUGACUUUGUUGAAUUCACCUGCUUGGAGCAUUCAUCCAGUGUACUGCAACAACGUAGAAGUUCUAAACAUAACAAUUCAUGCUCCAUCUGAUUCUCCAUUCACAGAUGGGAUAGUCCCAGAUUCAUGCUCUCAACUAUGCAUCGAGGACUGCACCAUCAGCGCUGGGCACGACGCAAUUUCUCUCAAGAGCGGAUGGGACGAAUAUGGGAUCUCUUUCGGGCAACCCUCAUCCGACAUUCACAUAACCAAGAUCUCUCUUCAAAGCCCUCUCGGUUCAGCUCUAGCCUUUGGCAGCGAGAUGUCUGGUGGGAUCUCCGACAUCCAAGUCGAACACCUCCACAUACAAGAUUCCAAAACCGGCAUAAUAUUCAAAACGACGCAGGGAAGAGGCGGUUAUAUAAAGAACAUUCUCAUAUCUGACGUUCAAAUGGAGAACAUCGAGCUUGCUUUCAAGUUAAUGGGCAACUACAGUAGCCACCCUGACGAAAAGUAUGAUCCAACUGCUCUCCCAGUUAUCAGUGGAAUAACUUUUAAGAACAUCAUUGGGUCAAACGUUUCCACUGCCGGAGUCUUUUCGGGCAUAAAAACCGAUAAAUUCUCUGCGAUAUGCUUAUCGAACAUCACAUUAUCGGUGCACUCUGACCCUUCAUGGAUGUGUUCAGAUGUCUCAGGGUUCUCCGAUUUGGUUUCUCCUCAUCCUUGUGCUGAACUUCAAUCAGAUUCUUCGGUAAACUGUUACUCUCUCAUCACUUACAAUCUCUUGGCUUCAGCCUAGAUUCUGUUGAGCUUUUCUCCAUAUUCUUUUUCCCAAUAAGCCAGUUUCUCAUCUGUCAUCCAUUCAAUCCCAAUUGUGCAAAGAAUGCCAGUGUACAGCUCAAUUUCUUCAUUCAAUCUUGUAAGAAAAAAACAAAAAAGUUUUGGUAGUUGGUGGUUGAUAUAUACUAUUGCUGCAUUUGGUUCAAACCU